CUUUCGGAGGCAUUGGUUGGAUUCAUGGAGUUGACCAUACAGGAAGGAUCGAGUUUUUUUCGUAGUUAAGGCUGCCACUGCUCGCAGCGGUGAAAGAGAAGCGAGCCUUGUCCCUGUUUGUCUCUCAGUUGUAAUCUUACAGGACGAGACGAGCUGAACGUUUCCCAGCUUCUGUGUGACCUGUUCUCUUCCCUCUGACUUCUGAGAGAGAGAGAAGGAAAGAUGAGCCGGGAGAGCGAGAAGAGCAAGGGAGGGGAGCCGCCAUACUACGGAACGUUCCCGGGAGAAGGGGCGCCCUCCUAUACCCAGGGGCAGCCAGCUAUCGGCUUCCCCCAGCCUGUCCCUCCCCCAGGAUCGGUGCCGUCCGCCCCACCCUACUACCCUCCUCCUCCUCCUCCACCCCAUGGCUACCAGACUGUACCCGGCUAUGCGGUUGCAGAGGGGACACCUGUAAGAGAACGUCGUCUUCCUUGCUGUGGCAUUGGCUUGGGCUGGUUUCUGUUUAUUAUUGGCUUCUUUCUUGCUGCAAUACCUUGGUAUAUUGGGGCUUUCAUUCUAAUCUGUGUUAGAAGGAUAGAUUACAGAGAGAAGCCUGGGUACAUUGCAUGCACAGUUGCUGCGAUCCUUGCUAUCAUUGUUGUGAUUUUUGGAGUGUCAAAAGGAACUCAUUCCUGGUGAUAAGAUUGUUCGGCCCUCAUGUAACUGGAGUAGCCUCGCUCUCACCAUGUUUGCUAGUGGAGCUGCAUUCUGUAGACUAUUCCAUGAACGCUUAUUAUUUGUGUAUAUCUACUAUCGUGUUUUGAUUCCAAAUUUUUCUUCAUGAUGGGGGUGAUUGUGACAUUAAAAUGAUCAGUACAUCUAUAUGAACCCUCUCUCUGUUUUCCAAUAA